ACAAUGAGCACAAAGGAAUAGUGAAUAAUUAAAAAUGAAACAAACUGAACUCCAAAUAUCUGAAUCCUUAAAAAAUUUAAAUUACUAGCUCUAUGCUCUGCAAGUCCUUCAUUAAGUCCUACACUUAUCCAAAUGUAGCAUAAAAACUCCAGAACUUCACCCUGUUGAAAGGGCAAAACUGACACAACGAAGUAGAAACAACUUCCAUGUUGGAAAAGAACGCAAACAAGGGCUUUAUUAAGAGGAAGGCAGUAGCCAAGUGAAGCAGCUGGAAUCACACUGAAGUCACUCUGAACUCUACAGAUCACUUCGUUCUUCUUUCUGCUACAGAGAGCACAUCCCUGACUUACAGUGUGCUUUCUUCUAAAGAACUUAAGAAGAAAGCAGCUGUGCAACAUGUCAUUUGAAGAUUUUGAGAACUACUCUUAUUUCUAUGACCUGCCUGAGGAAGAAGAAUCACCCCAGUCCACCCUCAGCAUUGCCCAUGUGAUUUCCCUUUCAUUUUACAGUGUGGCAUUUCUUCUGGGAGUGCCGGGUAACGCCAUCGUCAUCUGGUUUAUGGGCUUCAAGUGGGAUAAAUCUGUCUCUACGCUCUGGUUCCUCAAUCUGGCCAUUGCAGAUUUCAUUUUUGUUCUCUUUCUGCCCCUUUAUAUCACAUAUGUGGCAAUGGGCUUCCACUGGCCUUUUGGGAAGUGGCUCUGUAAAAUGAACUCAUUCAUUGCACUACUGAAUAUGUUUGCCAGUGUUUUCUUCCUGACAUUCAUCAGCCUUGACCGCUACAUCCGCCUUGUGCACCCAGUUUUUUCCUACAAGUACCGGACUAUAAAGAACACCCUCAUUCUUAGUAUGAUCAUUUGGAUGUCAGCUGCCAUUAUUGGUGGCCCUGCCUUAUACUUUAGAGACACAGCUACUGCUCUCAACAAUGUCACCAUUUGCUACAACAACUUCCACGUGCAUGACAGAGAACUCGUUUUGCUGAGACAUCACAUUCUGAUUUGGGUGAGGCUUGUAUUUGGUUACCUCUUUCCUCUACUGACCAUGGUGAUCUGUUACUCAUUGCUGAUCGUUAAAGUAAAGAGGAGAACGGUGUUGACUUCUAGCAGGCUCUUCUGGACCAUCAUUGCUGUAGUUGUAGCUUUUUUUCUUUGCUGGACACCAUAUCACAUAUUCAGCAUUGUGGAGCUCUCUGCUCACCAUGACGAAAAUUUGCACGACUUAUUGCAGGAUGGCAUUCCCCUCUCCACGGGCCUUGCUUUCAUCAACAGUUGUCUCAAUCCAAUCCUCUAUGUUCUCAUUAGCAAGAAAUUUCAGGCUCAGGUCAAGACAACAGUCUCUGAGGUGCUAAAAUUGGCACUGUGGGAAGUGAGCCGCUCAGGAACCGUCAGUGAGCAGCUGUGGAACUCAGACAACACUCAUGCGCCUGUGCACCACUGCGAAACUGCUCAGUGACUGUUCACCACCAUCCAUCUAUAAAAUAGCUGACAGAUUUGGAGGUGUUGUUGGCUUCACAUCUGCCAGUGAGAUGUGCAUCUUUGCAUAUACAGUUUUGUAUUAAUGGCUGGCUUUACUGUGCUUGCUGCUUUCCUUUAAAUGUUUUUAAAGGAUACAUCAUUUGGGUGUGGUGUGGUUGCAGCGUGGACGGCCUGAAUAGAAAGUCGUCUGGGUUUUCUAUCAGGAAUAUUGUUGUACUCCUGUUGUUGACAAUACUUCAGUGAUCACAAAAGAGCACAUAACAUUCCUCUGAUCGCCACUGAUAACACUUUUGAUCUAGGCAUCCUCAUGUGAGAGAUCAUGUCAGACAUCAGUGGUUUGUGAGUGUCACAAGUAUUCCACUAUUGUUUAAAGUAGGAGUCACCUAGCUAUAUCCGAGCCAAAAGAAGCUGUCAUUAGCUUCACUCUGCAAUCAGAAAAGUAACUCAAUACAGAGAACACUGAAUUGCUGCCUUUUCCUUCUAAAGAAGCACGGAAAUGUUUUCUCCCGUUGUUUUGUCUUAUAUUGAGCUGAGCCAGGGGGCUGUGGUUUCUUGUCAUUUUUUGCUUUUAAUGCCAUCUGGUUGUAAAAUACUAAGCAGGUGUUUCAGAAAGUAUUUUGGCUCAUUUGAAAUAUUCAAAGAAUUAGUGGAAAUGUUUCCCACUGAAUCUGAGACUUAAAGCCCUUGUCACAUGUUCUUUUUCUGUGUUUAAACUUUCAGGUUUCAGAGACUUCACAAUUAUCAGCUGUUUUCUGCUGGUCUUGCAAACAAAGGUUAAGAUGCAGUAAAACAUUUUGUCCUACUGUCUAAAUAGGAGUAGAGUGAAUUCAACAACAUUCUUUUACAAGCAGGUAGCCAAAUUCAGACCUCUCUACCAAGCUGCAGUCAAGAUUGUACAGCCAAAAUACAAAGUUCGCUUGCAUAAGAAAUAGGCAGUAGACCCAGUUGUCCUAUUUUCUGCUCCAACAUGUUGCCUGCUGUAGAAUCACACCUACAGCAAUGCAAAUAUACAUGCUAAGAGGAGCAGACCAAUUUCUGAGGCAGUACCACUUGAUCGAGAAGUUGUACGUGAGAUAAAACUGCGAAGAAUAAAAGCAUAAAGCUUUAGGUAACUCGCUUUUUAUUGUUACUGGCCUGCAUAUCUAGAGUAAAACUGGCUUUCACAUAACCUACAUGUUAACACGUAAGUCGAGUUUAUAUUGUAAAUGAAGCCUUGUAUGUAAAACUAUGCAUCUGCAUUCAUGCAUAAGCACAUCCAGUACUGAUAGCUGCAUAAAUAGCAACUGUCUGAUUGUGGUCUGUAGCUGUUUCUUUGGGCUCUGGUCUCAAAGUUUUAGUGAGGCAGAACCUAUGGAAUUUCAGUGUAUUUAACUUUGGGCUGGAAAGUUGGUAAGCAGCAUUCUUUCCUUUGAGUCAUUCACUGCCUGGUACACAGUGACUCACCCAUAAUAUUCUGGCACUAUGCAGCUGAGCGUGCCUAAAUCAACUGUUUGCUGUUUUUCUUCACAUAUUCCUUGACAUCUUUCUAAGAAUGUGUUUUAGUGCUCCUUCCCUGACUGUACUCCAAGUGGAGUAAUAAAAUUCUGUUGGCUCUGAAGAAUGUGUUCAUU